UAAAUAUAUAGGAGUAUGAAGAGAUGCAAAAACUAAGAAAAUGAAUGGACUGAAUAGAAAAGAAAUCAGGAAGAUAAUAUAUAGAUUUAGAAGAUGACGAAAGGAAAAAUAAACAAAGAAAUGUGCAGGUAUAUUGAAGAAUCUGUAAAAGAAGAAGAAUUCAGACGAAAAAAGCAGCUGUUAAAAACAGAAAUCACCGCCAUUAUUAUUAUUAUUACUUGAAACACUAACGUGUUUGUCGUGUUAUGACCGACGAAAAUUGAGCGAGAUCUAAACUCAAACGUGGUGUUGAAUGGUUGAAUUUGAGCCAGAGAUAUGACGACGUUGUUAAACACUACAAGCUGAAGCUUGAAGGAAGAAAAAAGUCUACAUCUCUGGUGGAAAGGAUUCGCAAAAUGUCUUCAUGGGAUCUUAAAAAAACGGCCGACGACUCUUCGGGAUGGCGCGCCGGAAACAAGCCCACCCACGGCACAUCGACCUGGAAGAAGAAGUAACCACCUUUCUACAAAAUGAUACGAACUCAGACACUCCAACCGAUGAAGGAAUAGGUGAUGCCCACGUAUGUGGAAAGUGUAGGGGCGAAUUCAUAGAACUUUCUGAAUUUCUUACUCACAAAAAAACUUGUACAAGAAAACGGUUAGUGUACAUUGUAGCUGAUGAAACGGACGAUUUCCGACCUUUAGAGAAUAUGGAUAGUCCUGAUUAUCAAAGUGGUGCAUCUUCUGAUGACCUAAGUGAAGAGCAGGAAUUGACUCAGAAACAGUCAGAUGAUAUUAUGAAUAGUGACGGACUUUAUUACGAAAAAGUGGACUCCCCUGACAGUGGUGACCUUCCUAGUUUAGUAAUGAACAAGGGUCAAUCUAGUGUGUGCAUGGACGACUUAACAGGAGAGUUGGACAAGACGCUUGAUGGGGUCUUGAACCUCUCAAACAGUUGCAAGAACACUUUGAACAGGAAUCUCAUUAAUUAUUCCACAUCGCUUAUCACUAACCUACCUCAGUCCUUACUGUACUCUCAGUAUUUGCCUGAAACUAAUGUUACCUUGGAAACGUUGCAAAAUACAAAAGUUGCAGUGGCUCAGCACAGCUCCACCAGUAACAAGAAUCAAACUGCUGAGUUGGCUGCUCUGCAGUCAGCUUUAUACACUUUACAGCAACAACAGCUUAUUCAGCUACAAAUUAUACAACAACUCCAGUCUCAGCUGAUUGGGGGACCGGGAAGUCAUCCGCCUGUCACAGCUCCUCUACCUCCACUAACACGAUCAGUAACAUUGACUUCUCCAUUAAGUAGUGACACCACUUCCAUGGUUUCAACUACUGCAACAACAACUUCAUUGUUGUUUCAACAAACUCCCUCUGUGCAUGUAGCAACAAAACCUGGCUCCCUGGAUGCUUCGAGCUUGAAUGUUUGUAGUUCAGCAUCUGAUGUUACUAUUCAAGCAAAAGAUUCUCUACAGCAUCCAUUGAUUCCACCUCCACCUCUUCCUCAUGAACCAAACACACUGGAGUUACUUCAAAGGCACACGGAGCAAGCUCUUCAAAAUACAAUGUCAGGAGGAUCCUUCCUAUUGAAUGGGGUAAAUAGUUAUGGUAGUGAGACAGAACUGUCUAAAAUACGAAAAGGAAAGUUAUCGAAUGCACCUGCUAGUGAUGGAAAAUCCCUUCACGGACAAGAUGAUUCGUUCUUUCGACAUCGCUGUCGAUUUUGUGGUAAAGUAUUUGGAAGUGACAGUGCUCUGCAAAUUCACAUUCGAUCUCAUACUGGUGAAAGACCUUUUCGUUGCAACAUCUGUGGAAAUCGAUUUUCAACUAAAGGAAACUUGAAAGUUCAUUUUCAGAGACACAAGUCGAAAUAUCCACAUAUUGAAAUGGAUAGUAAUCCGUUUCCAGAACAUCUGGACAAGCUGUAUCCACCAUUAGAACCCCCUUCUUCCCAGAGUCCUGUAUUGCAAGAGAUGUCAAACAGUUGUAGCUCACAGCCUCCUUUGUUGGUACCACAAAUAGCUUCAUUGCCACAAUCUCAACAAGUUGUAAAUGGGGAACAUCGACAGGCUCUAGCUUCCAUUGACUUAGAAAACAGACCUACUACCUCACAAGAAGAAGAGCUUUCGAACGAAGAAAAAAGUGACUCUGCACAAAAAAAUUCAAAUUUACCUGUUUCUGCAGAUGAGGUCAUAGAACAACCGGAAACUGAUAUGCCAUUGGAAAAAGAUGAAGAAAUGAGGAAUGAACAAGAUCAGGAAGAUAUUAAUCCAAAUCGCAUCUUAAGUCCUGAACCAUCAACUUCACAAAGCCCUAUUGUUGGGGAUGAAGAAAAAAAUGCUGCAGAAAUAAAAGGUCAUGAAGAACUAAAUAAUUCUCCUUUUCAUAGUGGAAUUGUUUCAGUUCCACCAUCUAUUAUUCCCCCUUAUCCCCCAUUUUUAAGUACUAUGGCUGCUUCAUACCCCACGUUAUUUCAUCCAUCAUUCUCUCCUGCAUUACCUUCUUUUAAUCUGCAUUCAUUAACUACUACCUCUACUACUCAAACAUCGACUCCAACAGCCACAACUUCUGAUGAUCAUAAUAACACUAAUGAUCCUGUCUUUUAUCAAGAUUUACUUCCUAAACCAGGAAGUACAGACAGUAACUGGGAGUCACUCAUGGAAAUCACAAAGACAUCAGAAACAACUAAGCUGCAGCAGCUUGUAGACAAUAUUGAACAUAAACUCAGUGACCCCAAUCAAUGUGUCAUUUGUCACCGAGUUCUUAGUUGUAGGAGUGCUCUGCAGAUGCAUUAUCGUACUCACACUGGCGAGAGACCUUUCAAAUGCAAAAUAUGUGGACGUGCAUUCACAACAAAAGGUAAUUUGAAGACUCACAUGGGUGUUCACAGGGUAAAGCCUCCUUUACGUGUGCUUCAUCAAUGUCCAGUGUGCCACAAACAAUUCACCAACUCUCUUGUUUUACAGCAGCACAUCCGAAUGCACACGGGUGAGCCUAUUGAUAUGAGUCCAGAGCAGAUAAUGGCAAACGAAAUUAGAACUCCUGUUUCCCUCCCAACUCCCUUUCCAAGACCCAUUUUACCGGCCCUUCCAUUAAACUUCUCAACCCAAAGCCAUUUUCCCCAGUCAGUUCAGACUUCACUUCCUCUCUCGCAGUCUCAUCCUUCUACGCCAUCAAGUUCUCCAGGUAUUUCUACGACCUUGUCUUCUCUUUCGACUAUAACAAAGAAUACAGAUAGCGUCAUAAAAGCUAUCACUCCUCCAGCAAAAGACCAAGAUGACUUCAAAGACAACUCAAAAGAAGAAUUAUCCGAGGAUGAUGGGCUUUCUCAAACAGACAUCCUUCCAAUUAAACCACUGGUUGAAGAUAUUACCAAGGUAAUUCCAGAUGUAGACUCAGUUACCUCAGCUUGUGCAUCCACAUCAAUUUCCAUCUCAUCUUCGACUUCAUUAUUGCCUUUGUCUCUUAUCAGUGAUAGACCCCUUACAUCAUCUAUUACACAUACCAGCUCUUCUUUGACAGCAUUAGAAAAUCACACAAAAAGCAUUUCUACCUCGAUUCCUCAACCUCUUUUUGCUCCUUUUGGAAUGGGCAUUCCUUUAGGCUACUUCCCUCGGUUUGAAAACACGUCGGUUUAUCUCCCUAGAUCUCAAACGUCUAUAGAAACCACCAUAAACAAUGGAAAGCCCCUAGUACUUGCACCCCCUUUCUCUCCAAACUCAACAACAAGCAAGGCUACCUCAGACAAUUCUGGGGAUGAGCGUUCAACCCCUGGUUCAGUGAGAAAAUCAGAGUCACCAUCUUCAGUGUCUACACCAAUAUCAUCUUCUACAACUGUGUCAUCAAGCGUCAUCACUAGUGUGAAUCAUGACAGUGGAGCUCUAGAUCUUACUCCAAAAGCUUCAAUGUUGUCAACCAAUACGCCACCAUCUCCAUCUGAAAUGGCUGCUCAUAUGUUUGCAGCGCCACUUGGAGGAUUACCUUUUGCUUCUCAUCCAGGGCGAAUGAACACCACUUGCCAGAUUUGUUUUAAAACAUUUGCUUGUCAGAGCGCUCUUUCAAUUCAUUAUCGUAGCCACACAAAGGAACGUCCUUUUAAAUGUGACGCUUGUGACAGAGCUUUCUCUACUAAAGGUAAUAUGAAGCAGCAUAUGCUGACUCACAAGAUCAAAGAUUUACCAUCACAACUUUUUACAACAUCUCCCACUCCAACAACAACGACAUCAAACAGCAGUAGUAAGACAACUAGUACUAAUCUUGUGAGUAACACAACAACGGCAAGUUCUGGACCCAAGACGUCUAGCCAUUCACACAAACGACCAAUUUCAGAGAACAGUGCUAGUGUUGUUCAGCCUCUCCCCAAGAGACCACAAGGAAUACCUAAACACAUGUGCAAUGUAUGUCACAAGCCUUUUUCAAGUGCAAGCGCGCUUCAGAUUCAUAUGCGUACUCAUACCGGUGACAAACCUUUCAAAUGCACUGUGUGUGAGAGAGCUUUCACCACCAAAGGUAACCUUAAAGUUCACAUGGGAACACAUAUGUGGAAUAAUUGCACUUCACGAAGGGGACGUCGAAUGUCAAUAGAUUUGCCAUCUCUCCAGAUGACCCCACCCCUUAAACCAGGGGAUUUUCAACCCCCUCGCCCAGAACUUUAUUUCCCUUACCUUCCUCCAGCAUAUAUGAACGGCAUGACGACACCAAAGAUGAACGAAAUAUCUGUUAUUCAGAGUGCAGGUAUGACAAAUGGAAACAUGCCUUCUUCGCUAAACAUGUUUUCACAUCAAGGAUUGGCUCGAAACAUCCCUCGACAUCCUGUGGUUAACUCCAACUCUGCUUCUGUGAACGAUACACCAUCAUCUGGGACUAUUAAUGGAUUGAAGAUGGUGAAUGAGUCCGAGAAAAACAAGUCCCAGUCACCACAAGCACCUCGUGACCUCUCUUCUCCUGGACAUCCAACUAUUCAGCACUCCCCACCAGCUGGAGACAGGCCACCCACUUGGGGCUGGAAGAUGGCGUGUAACAUCUGCAACAAGAUUUGUGCUUCAUCGACUGAGGUCGAAAACCACAUCAAAUCUCACUUUAAACCUGAUUUGAAUGAAGAAGACACUUCAACAACUACAGCAGAAAAUCUAGCAGCCUGAAUUUUAACAAUGACUGUCUGUGUGUAAAGGGCAGAAAAACUGAUAGACUCACCUAUCUGUUAAAGAACUAGUGAAAUGUGAACACUCCUAUGAAAACCUUUUACCUGAUAUGUGCAACUGGAAGUUUUGUGUUUCAUAUAUCUUCUAGUAGUUGUCUCACGGUGCAAAAGUGAAACGUACAAACCUCUGUUAUGGCUGUUUCACAGAAUAAUCAUCGUAAAAUUCACUUUUUUUUUGCCAUCCUCCUGCCUAACUUGGGCCUGGAGGGAUGCCAGGCCAAUUUUAAUGGUUCCUAUAAUAAAACUAGUCCAGGGUAUGGUGGCAUUUGGUCCUAUAGAGUACUAAGUCAUUAUUCAAUAGUAAUCUUUGUUAGAUGCUAUGCGUAGGUUUUUCUCUUCUUGGAAUUCUCAUUGGACUUACGUCAUGAUUAAUUAUGCACGAAUAAGGAGAAGAAAUUAUACUUAAAAGAGGUGUGUGUGUGUGGCAAGAAGUACACCGAUAUAUAUGUAUGUAUGUAUGUAUAUUGUAAACAUGAAAUCAUGUUAACUUCAAAUGUGGAAACUUAAUUUCCAUUACAUUAAACGUUAAGGGAAAUUAUGUUGUGAAGCACGGUGUUGAAAACACUACCUAGUGAGAGUGUAACAAAACGUAGUGUUUUCUUGUUCAGAAAAUUUAUAGGUUAGUGGAAGAUGCGAUAUUGACUUAGAUGAUAGAAUGAAAUGACAGAUUUAAAACAGUCUGAAAGAGUACAGAGUGUUAGGGUAUAGCUAUUUUUAUGAAGGUAAAAAAAAAAGGUAAAGUUUGCACAAGUUUAAUUUUAACGUCAGAUUUUGUCAAUGAUCAGAUUAAAGUCUUAGAAAUUAUUGGAAGAGCAAGGGUUUGAUAUCAGUAAUGUGAAUGAAAUGGUUUAUACCAAGUAAAUUAGUAAAAGCAUUUUAAGAAGCUAAUGAGGUUUUUGUGUUAGUCUAAUCGAACUUGUACAGUGGUUUUAAGUGAGGUGCUUCAAUGUCAAAAACAUUUACACAAAUUCCCGUGAGAGGUCACCCUGUGUACAGUAUGCUAACUGUUCUGUGUUUGUUUUCUUUACUAGCUUGGGCUUAAUAUUACUAAGUUGUCGCUGAAUCAUCCCACAACUGGAGUUACCUCUGUGGUAUCAGACACUGCAUGCUCAACAUGUCAUUACAAUCAUUCGCAUAAAAAAAUAACUGGCGUACAUUUAGCCAAGUAAACAUAAAUUACAUUGUAGGUGAAACUGUUGCCCAGUUCACUUACAAGGAUAUAAUGUGGAGUCUACUCAAAAAUAAACUAAAAAUACUCUAAAUGUCAUCUCAAAGAAAGGAAGACAUUUUAAUGACAGGAGCUAGAAAAACAUCUUUUCGUUGUUUUUUUUUCUUUUUUUUGUUGUUGUUCACGUUUCCUGUAUUACUAAAUUUUAAAAGGCUACACGUAGUCAAAUUGUGUCACCAAGAUUUUGAUUGUAAGAAAAUCCUUUAUCGUUCUUUAGGUGUAUGAAGAUUUGUGGUGAACAACAUGGUAUUGGUUGAAAACAAGGAGAGAGUCCAAGUCAUAUCAGUGUACAGUGUUUGGAAUCUCCAGCUGUUUUCAGCUAAGUACAUUUUGUAUAAAUGUCACACGUGUGUUUUUAGUUAACCUUUCCUACACUAAUGUUUUUGUUUCCUCCUUCUGGCUCCAGACUGUAUUAUUUCUAUGUGAAUUUUGACCAUCAUAUGUUUAUUUAAGUUCAAAAGUUGAAACCUGCCUACCCUGUGUCUCUUUCUCCAGUCACUAACCUUAAGAACGUUAUAUGCGAUUUUGGUGGGAAUCUUCAUAAUCAUCCAAACUUUCAGUCAUUUUUGGAAUCUCACGUGACAAAUGAGAUUAUACAGGCAUCAACAGGGCCUUUAGACUGAAACCACCAAUCAAAGACACUGAACAGUUUGCAUCCCAUUGUAUUUAUUGAUAUCACCCGAUCUUUGGUAAUUUGCUGGUCAUAUCCCUUUCAAUCGGGAAGUUAUUUGGCUUAAAAUUUUCAGCUUUUAAUAUCUCGUAAGGCUAAAAGCAGGGACUGAUAUUAGUGACGGUCUCCACAGUUGAAUGUCUACAAUGAUAAGACCUCCUUUUCAAUAAUGUCUUUCACUUACAUGAGUUCACGUGACCUCAAAUGACAUCAUUUUGUUUUAACAACAAAAAAAAAGGUUAUAUUUUGAAAUAACUUUUCGUAUCUGUACGUCUUUGUCAGCUUAAGGUUGUGCAUUCAAGAAUUUUAUUUUUCGAUAAAACUAGUUUCUGUGGGUGUUGAACAUUUGAAGGUGUAAGUAAUCCAUCGUUUCGCUUCCACAGAAAGCUAGCGCUUACUGUUUCUGUUGCGUUACACUCCUCUAGCUGUUGGUAUUAUUAUUUUAGAAACAGCUUAUGAUGAUUGUAUUCAUCAGAAUUUUUCUGGGUCGCUCUUAAUAAACCCCAUCUAGGGUACUAUAUUAUGCUGGGUUAUAAACCCCGUCUAGGGUACUAUAUUAUGCUGGGUUGUGAUAGGGCGGACUGGGAUUUUAGGAGCUGCUGUUACAAGAAAGGCAUUGAUAUUUUAGAACUUUAAUACAUUCAGUUGAACUAUUUUGUCUUCAUCCCACUAAUUUAGGUAAACGUUAUUCCACUAAAAUACCUCUAAAAGAAACUCAUAUGUGAGAUAACAAGCAGUGCGUUGCCUGAUUUCGAUAAAUUUAAUGUUUUAACGCGUUUCUCUUAUAAUGAAGGUGCGAAUCGAAACAAACAUAGAAGAUUCUGUUUUAAUUAUCUGACUUAUGAAAUGGGGAAGACAAAGUUGGUGAUAUUGUAACUGUGAUAUGUUCUUUCCUCAUUCUUAUGUGAAAUAAUUUAUUAUUUUUGGAACAAACCGUGUAUUCGGUGAUGUAGAGGGGUCACCUCAAUAGAAAAAAGAAGAAUCACUAAACGUGAUACAUUUAUUUUUUGAGAGAAAUAAAAUACAAUUAUGUUAUUUCUUUCAUUUCAUAGAAUUAAUAAUAUACUUUUAUUUUAAAGAAACAAAACACGGAUACUUUAAUUGGGUAAAUGAUUUGUAUUGUUCUGAUUUGAGGUGACCCCUAGCGAUAAGUUAUAUUAACAAAAUCAUUCCACUGCUGAAGGGAGGUAUUUGUAUGAAACAAUGGAGACGGUCCCUGCUUUUACCACUGUGUACCCAUAUGUGAACAUUGUUGCUUGUCUUUGUAAAUAUUGUAAAAGAAAUUUGUGGUUGAAUAUUUGCAUGUAGGCCAAUUACAACAAACGUGUUUUCAAUAAAAUGGUGAUAUUUUGAUUUUUCAAGAUUUACUGCCCCGUUAAAGCAAUUGGAGCAUCAAAAACUCAGGAGAAAGCUAUUUUUGUAACACUUGUAGCCAUUUUUGGUGCUUCAAAUGCUAUUUUGCAGGUUGUAUUGCUAUGAAGUAGGCAGUUGUGACUUGUGACUAAAUGUUCUGCUCUGUGGAUUGCUACAUAGUUUUUCCUGGUUCCCGCUAGUACUGUUUAGUUUCUCCUGGGAGGGAUGCAUUAGAUUUAGCUAGCUUUCUAUUUUGUCAUACCGAAGUUCAAGGACAAUAAACAUUUGUUUUAAGAGACAGUAUAUUGCCUAAUUUGAUUCAUUUUUUUUGUCCAAUUUGUUUAUUGAAAUAGAAACUUUUAAACGAAAAUCCAAUCCCCACUGAAAAUGUCAAAACAAAAAUACAACUUCGAAUCUAUGUAUCUUUACUUGAAUAGAACAUUACAUAAAAACUUAUCAAAUAAGGAAACUGUAGAAAACGAUUUACAAAACAACAACAUUUGAUGAACAUGAACACAUGUUUACGCCACACUUUUGUCCACCGUUAAGCAUCUGAUGUUAAAAUAAAGUGUGUUUAUGGCCAAGUGGAGAUAAUAAUAAUGUUUCUCUUCUAAUGAAAAUAACAAAAAAGAGGAAAUUGUUUCCUGGAAUAUUUAAUAAUUUGAUUUGUUUUGUUUAAAAUCACAGAUGUUGAUGGCCACGUAAGUUCGUACAAAU